UUUUUUUAUUAUUUUUCUUUAUAGUGUUCAUAUCCCUCAAUCCGUUUCCGUUCUUCUUUUUCUUUCUCUCUCUCCUUUUUUUUAUUCUGCCUUUCUCCACAUUUCACAAAAAAAAAAAUUAAUAAAUAAAAAAGAGCAAAGCCCGGCAUCGGUUACUUGAUUCACGACUCAGCAUGGAUAUCUUUCCUAAUAACAGACACAUCCAACGACAAGUUUCACAGCCUCUCUUGGAGGAUGUGCCGCAUUUAACGAGCCUUGUAGAUGCAAUCACCUCCACUUUGAUUCCAAAUUUGCCUGUUUCUCUUCCUACUUUUGUCACAAAUACAGAGCCCCCGUCAGUCACCACGACGUCCAAUGGUAAUACUACGCCAACAGACAGUAAUAGUAGUACGAGUGUUUCUAGCCUCUCAUCCUCCAUCACUCUACCCACUACGGCUACAUCCAGUGCUACCAUUACUACUACUACUACUACCACUGCUAGCAAUCCUCCUAGUACAACCACAACCAUAACUACAAAGAGCACAAUACCUAUCCCUAGCACUACCACCGCCACCACCAGCAGCAGCAUGACGACUCCUACGGCUACUACAACACCUCAAACCCCAACCUCAACUGCUUCUACGGCUUUGCCGAUAAGUACAAGUAGCGGUUCGACAUCUACUACAACAACGGCACUCUCCUCGCCCUCUUCCAUCACCACCUCCAAACCAGUACCUAUUGUUUCGGUUUCUUCUUCGGGAUCCAUUGUUCAUACCUACACUUCCACCUCUUAUAGUACCUACGUUACUUCAGCACCUACACUGACUGCUCCCGAUAAUCAACAGUCAUCUUCCACACCCACAGGUCCUAUUGUGGGCGGGAUUGUAGGAGGUAUUGCCUUUGCUGCCAUUGUAGGUAAGUAAGAUAGAACUGUUCCAGUGUUUCGUUGGGUAACCCUCUAUAAUUGACAUGAACACUUUUAGUGAUCAUUGCUGUCUUGUUCACAAGACGACGACAACGUAAAACAAGAGACAAAAGUAAAUAUGAUUCAGGGGAAGGUGUAGGUCUGAGCGAUCUGGAUGCUGGUGCUGGUGGUGGUGUAGGUGGCAACCGUAUUUUUGACGAGGGUAUCAAUACUGUUCCCUACCAUCACUACUAUCAUGAGGGUGAUUCUCCAACAAUAAAUGCAAACGAUAUCAACCACAACAAUAAGAACCACGCUUAUCAUUCUUACAACAGCAAUAACAACAACAGUCGGCCUUUGUCGAUGACGACAGC